UGAUGGAAAAAUUAAUUGCGAGCGUGCUGAAUAUAAUUCCAAAUCUGAAAAUGAAACUUUAUUAUCAUUCAUUUCAUUGAUGAAAAAAUUUGUUGAGUGUUUAGUAAAUAUAUUCGCUUCUCUAAAUGUGGAUUCUUCACGUGCAUGUAUAUUUGUUUAUUCCGAAAAAGAAAAGAUUGCAAUUCAAGACUCAUUACUUAAAUUAAUAACAUUGAAUCCCGAUAAAAUUUCUAAAAAAGUUCAGCAUAAAGCAAUUCGAUGCUUCUUUAAUAUUUUUGAAGAUUGUUCUCUAUUGUUAGCUGCUGGAAAUGAUUAUAACCGUUCGGGACUUCUUGAUGAUGAAUUAAGAGAAUUUCCUAGACUUAUCGUUCUGGAACAAUCUCUGAAAGAAAAUAUUGCAAUAAAGGUUCCAGGUUUUUAUCGAAUCACUGAUGUCUGGGAACAAAUGGUGAAGCCUAAUUUAAAAUACGAUCAAGUACAAUACGAUUUAAAUGAUUUGGAAACUUAU